CGGCGUGCAUGGCGCAACGACCGAUCUGCGGUUGGUUGGACCUUCGCGAUAGCUGAUUGGAGGGCGCGCCGACAUUUGUUUGAUGCCGUGCAAGAUGGCGAGUUGUUUCGCAACGACUGAAUGAAGACGAAGCAGAGAACACAGAUAUGGGUGCGCAAUGCACCAGUGGAGAUUGAGGUACUCCCAGAGUUUGGGGUUGGGAGGAAAGAGCUCCAAAGAGUCAUGUCCAUGUACAAAUCAAAGCAUGAAGGAAAAGAAGGAGAAUCAGAAGAGCUCAUUCUCCGUAGGCCCAAAAAUGUAGAGAGUAUACUGGUAAAUAUUGGAAAGAUAGAAGAAAUAUUGAAGAAAUCUCCUUGGCAGCGUAGAGCGGAUGAAAUAGAUAUUGUUCGGAGAGAAAUUAAGAAAAUCGACGCAGUUUCCAAAGUCCAUGUUUCUAUCGAAGGACAAGCAGAUAUCGCACGAUUUGCAAUGCUUCAAAUUGCUCAGCCCGGAGAGUGUGUUGUGAGGGAAGGUGAUGUUGGAGAUGCUUGGUAUCUAGUUCUCGAUGGCACUCUGAAAGUGUUUCGAAACGACCGCGGCUACAUCAAAGAUAUUUUGUCACAAGAAGGCUUUGGAGACGUUGCCUUGCUCCAAAAUAACUCAAUUCGGACAGCAUCUGUGUAUGCAGAUGUCACCUCCAAGCUUCUUAGAGUAAACAAAUCAGAAUAUGAUCGAUAUUUGAAACCCAAGAUUAGAAACGUUUGUCAAUGAAAUACGAGAUUUUGACAA